AUGGAUCAACCAACAUUAUCCUCGGACGCUCCCGACCGCGCUGCCUCGUCUGAGCCCGGCCCUACACGACUCAACCCCUUCGAUGAAGGACCCUUAUCAUCUCGUAAGCGACGACGCACAUCCCACUCCGGCUCGCCCAGCCUGUCUGCUGAGAGUCCGGCCUCCGAUCAACACAUGACGAGCUCUGGUACCAUCGACCAGGGCGAUCAUCUGGGACAAGUUGACCACGCUUAUGCCAUGCGAGUCGAUACUGCUUCGGCUGAACCCCGUACCCCCGAACGACAAUCAUCCGGUGCUGGCCCUCUCAGCGAGCCACCUUCAAGUCGAGUCACGACAAUAAAUCUACGCAACCAGCCUCACAGUGACAUCAGUUCCUCCUCGCCCGUCUCACCUCACCCGGGCCACGACAUUCAGCAGCUCGAUGACCUUCAUGGGCAGCUGGAUGGAUCAGCCGACGAUGCCGAGAUCGCGCGCAACCGCAUACCGUUACCCGCCGAGGCGGACAACACCUCGACCUCAUCAGCCGCCAGCACCGCCAGCUUAGACGCAGAAACGGGUAUUGGCGAUUUCGCCAACCCCAUCUUCAACUUCCCCUUUCAUGACCAUGCCGAGCCUCUUCCGGCAGCAGUUUCUCGCCUCGUUCAAUAUUUCCAGACUGUUCAGGAGAAGAAAGCCAUUGCUCUGAAACGGCCACUUUACCCGAGGAACAGCGUCCUGCGGGCGACCGCCAGCCUAGUCAUCAACGGCUUUGCACAUUUCACCGGGCUCAUCACCGCCGUUGACCUAGAAUUUCUUACUAGCUGUCGCGCGAUGAUGCCUCAGCUUGACGAGCACGAACCACCGUGUCCCAUCUCGGCAUCGCUUGUAUCAGGAGUAAACCGAAUCGCUCGCCGAGACCAUAUGCGGCGACAAAACUCUCAGGUUGCGGACGUUGAAGCACAGCGCGAUCUUUUUGACGAGCGCGCUAUGCUACUACGUGCUCUUCAGGCCUCCACAGGUGGACGAAUAGGUUGCCUCCUCAAGCUCGCCCAGACUGAAGUGGCUCUCAUCAAAAAGUUCCCCCAGAUGAUUGAACACCUCGGGCCAAUCUCACAACUGGCCGCCCUUUUGAUCUCAGAAGCAGCGCGAGCUCUGCGCAAUCCGGCCAACCCGAAUAUCAAUGAGUUUCGCUCUUAUCUGACCAUUGGUUUUCAAUUCUACCAGAUUGUGGCAGAUGCCCUGUCAUAUAUUAUCGAGAAGCACGUCACACAGCUCAACCCUGAUUCUGCUUCCGUACUGCUGAACUCUUUGACCGAGAUUCUUAAGACAAGCCUUGGUGGGGAGCAUCGACAGGCCAAAGACCGCCUCGACCUGCACGCACAAAACCAUCCGGAACUACCUGCCCACUACACCGCCGACGCCAUUGCUUGUGAGUGGCGCCUGGAUAUCAUGGCCAGCCUCAUACGAUCCAGCCAGAUGCAACUGCGCGUCAUGGCGGUCACUCAGAUGGGCUCCGAGUUGGUCCAGCUGUGGAAGCAACAUAGCGAGGACCUGAUCCCGAACGAGCUCCUGACCCACGUCGCCCAGUACAUCCUACACACUGAGCUGGUUGAUUACACACUUGGGUCCAGCUGCCACCCCGAGAUCACCGGCGAGAGCGGCAAUAUUGUUGGGUUUCUAGCAGUAACGAAACUCUAUUCUAACGAGCAGACUGAUCUUCUUUGGAGUACCAUGACCAAAACUCAGAACCCUCGGGUUUCAGACGCCCUCCUCCGCAUGUCAGAACCGGUCCUCAAUCUACUUGAUGUGGACAGGUUGGUAUAUUUGUGCGAGAAGUUCCAGACCUUGCCUAUUGAUAUGUUCACGCCCAAUCUGCGAACAAUUUGCGAGAGGACUCUGAAGUGCAUCGCACACAAGUACCGGCAGGAAGGCGCACAACCCAACUCUCUUCUCCUCAAGUUAUGCACUCGCUUGCUUCGCGAGUCAUCAGAGCUGGCCGGUCACUCACAUUUCGCGCACCCCGAGCUUCAUCAGAUUGCCAUCACGCGGCUCAAAGAUCUGAUUGUUCUCGGCUUGGAUCCACAGACGCGCCAAGAGAUCAUGACUGACUGCGCUAGGGACAUAGCAUCGGCUUCUGACACGACCUUAGGCAGCCUAUGGUGUGUGGCUACUUUGAAUCGUCCAACCGCUACGGAUCUAAGAGAGGCUGUGGCGGAUUAUGACUUGACACGCCUCCUCGUCGAAGAGCUCGAGCAUGCGAUAGAUGCAGGCAGGAAAGCUGGCCUAUCAGCUAUACUCAGCGGUCCCCAAAACAGCCCGCGGACUGACUUUCUGUACGGGAUCAUCGUUCACGAACCCUCAAGUCUGACGGAUGACCUGGGAGCUCGUCUCUGGGACGCUCUUGUCGGCCCUCGGGCGUAUUGCCCCGAAGACAGGGCCACCGCCUGGCGACUUUUCAACGCCAUUGUUGCUAAUAGCAAGCAAGAGAACCCAUAUAUCACACGAUGCUUCGCGGAGAUGCUCCAUGGACUUCCUCCCCAAUGCUUUUCGAAUGGCGCCCUGCAGUUUGCGAAGUCUCUUCUUCUGCCAUUAGUAGAUGAGAUGACGGAGGUUCUAGAUGACGAGCAAGGUCUUGCACAGAAAGCGAUCGAACUCAUCUGGCACAUGAUGCUUCGCGUUGCCGACUCGGACUUGGUUGACUUGAUGAUCUCGAUACUGGUCAAGGAUGUCUACAUCGGAAGCAAGGCCAUCUUGGCUUACCCACACCACAGGGCGCGGGCGGUUCAUACACGCAUGGUCAACCGUUGUCUGGGCCAACUUGACGGCGCAGCAAGAGCAAUUGAGGCUCGUGAUUCUGCUGAGGACGCACCGCACGAAGCCAAUGACGAGGAGCAUGCGCAAGCCCAGGAGCGAAUCUUCAUACGAUCUCUUGCACUGCUGCGUGAGUUCCUGAAGGCGCAUCAAUCAAAACCCCAAUUCGCAGCCCCCGAUCUUCGUUCCCUCAUGUCGCAAGUGCCAUGCACUGUGAAAGGCGAGCUUACCGACCUGCAAUACGAGUCUUAUGACGGUGGGGCCAAGUCCGACAUGUCGCCUCUAGAAAUCGGAGCCGACAACACAGUGGCAACGUUACUAGCGCGCGUACGAGAAGUCACGGGAUUUGACAACUACCGUGUGUAUCAUCACGGCAGGAUUUUUGCUCCUGAUGAGGACGAGAUUUCUCGCUCGCUCAAAGAUAUCGGCAUGACAACGGGCCUGCUGUUGAUUGAGAUCCUCAGUCAUUUUGGGCGGCUUUGGAACUACCUCGACCUGCAGGAACCGCUCGCCAGCGAGAUUUUCCAUUUCCUCGUCAACCUCCCCGUCGAUGCUAAAAUCUUGAAAGCCAUCGAUUCAACUGCAACCACUCAUCGUGACAUAUUUCCGAAAGGACAGUGUCACAAGUCCAUAUAUGCAGUCUACGCUCUGAAGGAGUAUCUCAAAUCGGCGCGUCGCAAACAGGCCGCUGCUGUCAGUGCAGGGCGUGACGACGAUCCCGACGAAGAUGUCCUUGCCAAGGCCUUGACCCGGUCUCAAGCACUCGUAGUGGCCGCUCUUUCAGAUCGCGAGGCUCUGGACGACUGCUCCUCCUCCCACAAAUUAUUUCUUUGCCAAGAGUUGAUAGGCCUCUACCUUCACAUCCUGCAGGAGUCGUACUUGAUGCUACCGCUGGCGACGUCAAUGACAACCGCACCCGUAGCGUGUCUUGUUGACAUUCUGGUCUUUGCUGUGGAUUCGUCACGCAAUGAGGCUACGGUUGACUUGAUCACGAAGACUUUCUCUUCGAUCCUUCUGUCAUCGUCUACUGAUGUCGAAUUCUGGAUAUCCCUUCAGCAGUACCACGGCAUUGCUGCCCUGAUUGAAAGACUCGUCUUGCAGGAGCCAUCGCCUUACGUUCGUAUGGAGAUUGUCAAAGCAAUAAAUAUGAGGAGCACAGAUUUUGAGAGAGCCGCUGUGACAUCCACCACAUUCUGCGAAUUCCUCUGGCCUGUUUUGAACAGCCUGGUGCCCCGAGCCAUGGAUCUACCGCAGAGUUGUAACGAAUUUUUCAUCUUGACGCAGUUGAUUCUCAAAAAGCUCCUGGCCCUACAAUCGACAGUCGUGCGUGCAAAUGAGCUUGUUCAUGAUUGCAUCAUAGCCUUGACAGGGCAUGAAACGUCUGAGCAAUUGGGAAAGCCCUUCAUUGAGGACCGGUUAGCCAGCGGGCUGCUCAGGCUUCUUCGCUGUUGUCUCAAGGACGAACAGAUACUCGAAAGCUGUUCGUUCGCGCCCGGCUUGAUUAAUGAGUUGUUUUGGAGACAUCUCUUUCCCCCUCCGCGCCGGCGGACGACGCAGCCUACACCUCGAUCACUUCUAUCCCCAUCAUCCCGCGAAAUGUUGUGCGAGACACUUCUCGAUAUCGCGAAAGGAAAUCAGCAGCACAGCACUGAUCUUUUGAGGCAACUAGGAAAACUAGUGAUCUUCGACACUCGACCUGGCG